AUGACGCAUUCCUUGAGGGAUAAUGGUUUGGUAGCUGUGCUACUGUUCAAUUAUUUAUUGAGUUUCAAUGAUGCACGAUAUCAUUAUCAUUCGACUAUGAUAGUGAACAAACGGGACGAUUCGAUACAGCUACAAAAUGGAUUAUUCGAUGGUUCCAUUAAUGGUAUUGUACACGCUGGAAGUGUUGUCGGUAUGCCAAUUGUUGAUAGCAAAUGGAAAAAUGAAACCGAAUUAAAGCGUGAGAAAGAUGAGGAGGAACGAAAUGAUGCAAAAGAAGAUGGUUUUGGUAAAACAGAUUGUCGCACACAACGAGAACGAGCGAUGAAGAAGUUAGAAAAUAAUCCAGAAAAUGGGAAUUAUAUACCAACAUGUGCUGGUGAUAGUGAUAUACUGUUUGAUCGAAUUCAAUGUCAUCGUUUGUCACAUAUUUGUUGGUGUGUGAAUCCGGAAACAGGUAUUCCACAAUCCGGUACAUCCAAAUACAAUGCUAAGCCAAACUGUGAUGGAAGACUUCAACGGGAUGAUGUUGCUAGGCGACAAAUUAAAGGUUGUUCGGGCAGGAAAAAGGCGAAAUUUUAUCAGCGAUUGUUUUCAUCAUUAAUUAGCGAAUGGAUUUUAGCUCUUGGUGAUGAGGCAAAUGAUGAUGCUAUCACCAGUAAGGAUAAAGCUGUUCGAUGGAAAUUUGAACAGCUUGAUGUUAACAACAAUUCGCGAUUGGAACGGAAAGAAUGGAAAUCAUAUCGAAAUGAAUUACGCUUACUGAAUAAAGUACGAAAAUGUGGGCGAAAUUUUUUGCGCUUUUGUGAUCGCGAUGGAAAUAAGCAAAUUAGAUUAGAUGAAUGGCUAAAUUGUACAAUUUAUG